AUGACCGUCACUUCCCAUAUCGAAAACUACAACCAGUACACAUACUGGACUUCUCCAGACCGGAACUUCCGAUCCUCUGCCCGCUUGCACCUCCAGCACUUCCUCUACCAAAACACCACUGGCUAUCUCCUGGAGCCCGCCAUCGAGAAGGCCGUGACCGCCGCCCAACAGCCUCUGAAAAUUGCUGACCUCGGCUGCGGUAACGGCAUCUGGCUUACACAGCUACACACCGAGCUAUCGAGCAAAAAUAUCACUGCCCAGCUUGACGGCUUCGACAUCAAUCCUACCCACUUCCCGGCGCCCGCCUACCUGCCCCCCUCGAUCUCGCUGCAACAGCUAGACAUCCUCGCCAAUCCCCUCCCCGCCCACCUUCUCGGCACCUACGAUGUGGUGCACAUCCGCUCCUUUGGUAGCACUGUCUCAGGCACUGAUCUUCUUACUCCCACACUAUCCGUGGCCUCGUCACUCUUGAAGCCCGGUGGCUACUUGCAGUGGGAAGAAAAUCGCGGCGACAUAUUCCUCGUCGAAGCACCAAGCUCUAAGAUCCCUACUGCAGCCUGCGAAAGCGUUAUGCAGGUGCUUAAGGGCGGUCUUAAAGCCAAAGGCAUUAGCUACGCCUGGAUAGAUGAGCUCGAUACCCCCCUGAGGGAAUUCGGGUUCCAGGAUGUACGCCUUCUUACACACGAUAAGCGCAAGAUCGACUAUAAGGCUUGGACUGAUGCGUAUCUCAUGGUUUUGGAAGACCUGACUCCUUUGUUUCCAACCAAGACUGAUGCUCCCAAUGCGCCUCUGUCCCGGGAGGCUUGGAUUGAGAUGUUUUCUGCUGCGGUUAAGGAGACGGAGAAGGGUGUUGUCUUUCAUCAGAACCGGAUCAUAACGGCUGUGGGUCAGAAGCCACUUGCAUGAACUUCGUUUCGUGUUCUUGAGAAGAUAUUCUAUAUCUAGGCCCACUAUCCGGAUGUGUCCAAUUGGA